CGCCUGCUGCCAUGAAAGAUUUCACCGAAAUCACGCUUUGCCCCGAGGCUCUGGACGGCAGCAAGACCGAGUUCUGCAACCCCGUUUUUGAGGGCGAGGAGCCCCGGGCGGCACCGAGCGUGGAACCAGACAAGGAUGGGACCGGCCCCGCACCACGCCGGGACGGCUUCGGCCAGCAGCUCUGGGGACAGGUGGGCUGGAGGUUCCGCGCCGACUGCAAGUUCACCUGGCUCUGCGUGGCUCUGAUGAGCAUCAUCCUGCUCUUCCUCAUCGCCCUCCUGCUUGGCAUCGUCAUCCACCAGCUGACAUCCCCACAUCCACCCGGCGCCCCUGCCACGGCCCUGCCCGCCCGUGGCACUGCCACCACCACCACGGCACCCAUCCGAAGGGACCGCCCGGCCCCCAAAACAGCCGCCACCCCAACCGAGAGCUGGCUGCCCACGGCCCGCACAGCAGCACCGGCCUGCGGAGGGACCCUGCGGGGCCCCGAGGGCUCCUUCAGCUCCCCCAACUACCCCGGCCCCUAUCCCCCCAAUGCCCUCUGCAUCUGGAGCAUCGAGGUGGGCGCCGGCCUGGCCAUCCAGCUGAGGAUGGAGACGUUCAGCGUGGAGGGCACGGCCUCCUGCCUCUUCGACCGCCUGGAGCUCUACGAAGAGCAGGGCACCGCUGGCACAGCCCCAGCUCGAGGGAGCCCGACCAGAUUUUGUGGCAAUGUGCCCCCCCCGACCUUCAACACCGACUCCAAUCGCCUGCGGGUCACCUUCGUGUCCGACAGCAGCGUGGGUGCCCAGGGUUUCACCGCCCGCUACCGCGCCGUGAGCCCCGCCGAGAAGAGCUGCGCCUGGGACGAGCACUUGUGUGACCAGGGGCUCUGCCUCCAGCUGGGCUUCGUGUGCGACGGCUUCCACGACUGCACGGACAGGAGCGACGAGGCCAACUGCAGCCUGAAACACAAAGAGUGUGGGGGGCCGCUGACCGCCUUGGAGGGGCACUUGUCCACCCCGAACCACCCCCAGCCAUACCCGCACCAGCAGCUGUGCCUCUGGCAGAUCUCGGUGCCCCUGGGCCACGUCAUCGACCUGCACUUCCACAACUUCAGCCUGGAGUCGCACGACGACUGCAGCUUCGACUUCGUGGAGGUGCACGACAGCGCGGGCACGGGGACCGCCAGCCUCAUGGGCAGGUUCUGUGGCCACCAGGUGCCACCCACCCUGACCUCCUCACGGCAUGUCAUGACCGUCCUGUUCGUGGCGGAUGAGGGAGUUGCAGAUGACGGGUUCUUUGCCACCUACCAAGCCCGCAAUGCCACAGAGAAGACCUGCAGCCCCGCGGAGUUUUCCUGUGGGAAUGGCGAGUGCCGGGCGCUGGAGUCUGUGUGUGACGGCUGGCACGACUGCCCCGACGGCACUGACGAGCUGAACUGCACCGGGGUGUCCUACCCGGCCUUUGGGUCUGUCUGCGAGCCCGUGGAAGUGGAGAUGUGCCUGGGGCUGGGCUACAACGCCACCUCCUUCCCCAACAUCUGGCUGGCCAUCCCGGACCAGGAGGGAGCGGCCGAGGUGCUGCAGGACUACCAGACGCUGAUGGAGCUGGCGUGUUACCAGCACCUCCGCCUGCUCAUCUGCAGCCUCUUCGUGCCCAAGUGCACCCCUGACGGGGGGGUGCUGCAGCCCUGCCGGGCCGUGUGCCUGGCGGCAGAGCUGCGCUGCCAGCAGUCCCUCGGCCUCCUCGGCAUCCUCUGGCCCAUCAACUGCAACAUCCUGCCCGACUCCAACGACCCCGUAGAGUGCUUCCAGCCCUGA